GGUUCCCUGUCCAAACUGCAUCAUGAAGCCAGAACCACAGGGCUGGUGGCCAAUAGUUAACAAGCUUACUCAGAAGUAAACCUCAUGGACUUCAGCAGUUCCCAGGAAAGUGUGCUGACACAGCCUUAUGGCAAAAUCCCAGGCAUACUCAGGAGUUAUGCUCCACUGCUUUCAAUGGGAUUCACUCUCAACUUAAUGUUCAUUGAAACAGUAAUGACUUGGAAUGAUUACACUGUAGUUUCCUCAGAAGAAAAGCUGCUGUGGCUGGGCCUGGGGGAGAAAUCUGCCACUACUGGACUGCAGGAGCAGAAUCACCAGCUGGAGCCUUCCAGUGUCCGGAACCAGGAAAGCGGGACAACGCGGGGGACGCAUUCUGCUGCGGGACUUGCAGUGUGUCCUAUUGCUGCUCGUCUGCAGAUGCUGGAGCCCGGCUGGAGCAGGAGAGGUGCCCUGGCAGUGACCGGCUGCUGGUCCCCUUUGUGCCACCAGCUACCCAUCCUUACCCGUAUUCAUUCUACAUUGGUGUGGGACUAACCGCAGUUGCCUUGUUGGCUAUCAUGGCUUACCUUAUCUACUUAAAAAUCUGCCUGCCACUGAGGACCUGGGUUCGAGUUCACCAGCAGGUCCGUCAGCAGGAGAUGCCUCUUUCGAGGGUUUCUUUCCAGGACCCUUCUCCAACCUUCACUUACAGUCUUGGUUCAAGGCUCCGGAGCCCUAACCCACCUCCCCUUUACCAGGCCUUGACAGCCAUUCGACUCACAAAUCCUCCUCCUUCAGCACAGAUGGGCCCGCUCAGUCCAGCCAAGUGGACUCUGGUCUCUCAGGGGAUGAUGCAGCCGGUUCCUCUCCUGCAGCAGCUCUUCUGGAUCCAGCUGCCUCUGGGGGGACUCCAGAACCAGAGGAAUAAGCGACCAGCUCAUGUCAUGGGGUGCUUGUCUGCAUGGGAUAGAGUCACAUAGGGGUUUUUUUAGGGUCAAAGAAAGGAAGAAAGGACAGUGCUUUUAGGAUGAAGGAAACUCAGCUGCUACGAUUAUGCUUUAAGGACAUAUAUCGACUGAGAUGAUUUUUAUUCCUUUUAAAUGGGGCACUGCCUGUCUGAAGAUGUCCUUUGCUCUCUUUUCCAUAUAGUGUGUUGGGGUAACAGGAAAGCUCUCCCCUAUUCAGUGAGGUACUUUAAAGGAACUCUCCAUGGAGACAAGCACUCCUGUUGUCCCACUGAAGCCUUAUUAAAGACAAAUGAAAAUCGUU